AUGGCGGACUCAGAUUUCCCAUUUUAUAGACCCGGAAGGUCCGAAUAUGACGAUAAUAUGAGCAGAGCAUCUACAGUAGUGAAACGGAGAAGAAAGCUCGACGAGGAGAAAUUUGCUCUGGGUCGAAGAGGAAUCCUAGUCUUCUUUACUUUGUCUGUUCUCACUUUGAUGGCCGCUUUGGAUGGCACUUCGCUAUCUGUUGCUUUACCUCAAAUUGCAAAAGAACUCAAUGGAACGGCCAUCGAAGCAUUCUGGAGUGGAACUUCGUUCCUGCUAUGCUCAACAGUGUUCCAACCAAGCUUCGCCUCCUUCUCGAAUAUUUUCGGCCGUCGACCUAUGAUCAUUAUCUCGCUCAUAUUCUUCUGUGUCGGCGCUAUAAUCGCAGCUAUCGCCAAUAAUUUUACCUACAUGUUGAUCGGUCGAUCAAUCCAAGGUGUCGGCGGAGGUGGCAUUAUAUCCCUAAGCGAAGUCAUAAUAACAGAUCUUGUCCCUCUGCGAUGGCGCGGUCAGUACUUCGGUAUCCUCAGUGCAAUGUGGAGUGUUGGAUCCGUGACGGGGCCUAUUCUUGGUGGUGGAUUCUCCGAAAAUGUGUCUUGGAGAUGGAUCUUCUAUAUCAACUUCCCAUUUAUCGGAGUUGGCGGAAUUCUCGUGAUCCUAUUCUUGAACCUCAAGCUCGCACCGAGUUCACUAGUCGAGAAGCUCCGUCGGAUCGAUUAUUUCGGCACCGUCCUAUUCGUUGGAAGCAUGUCGUCCUUCUUGAUUCCCCUCAGCUGGGGUGGUAUUUCAUACGACUGGAACUCGUGGCACACUCUUGUGCCUCUCUGCGUAGGAGGAGUUGGACUAAUAAUUUUCGGAUUCUACGAGACUUACUUCGCCACCGAUCCAAUUGUUCCGCCUGUGAUAUUCCAGAACCGCACGGCAGUAGCUUCGUUCAUUGGGAGUGUUUUGCAGGGCUUGAUCCUCUGGUGUGCCCUCUAUUACCUCCCUUUGUAUUACGAGGCAGUGAAGGAGUAUAGCCCCAUUAUCUCGGGCGUUGCUCUAUUCCCCGAGACAUUCACCGUUGCUCCAAGUGGAAUGGUAGCUGGUGUCCUGAUUACGGUAACGGGCAGUUACCGUUGGGCUAUCUGGCUUGGGUGGGCUUUUUCAACUGUCGGAUUGGGCUUGAUGUGUCUGAUCAAGGUGGAUACUAGUAUGGUCGGUUGGAUCUUCCUCAACAUCGUGCCCGGGCUUGGGUUGGGUAUCCUAUUCCCAUCUCUUGGUUAUGCAGUGCAAGCCUCCGCGGACCCUGAGAACCUUGCCAUUGCUGUUGCCAUGUUCAGUUUCUUCCGUGCUCUCGGUCAAGCGAUCGGCGUUGCUGUCGGUGGUGUUGUCUUCCAGAACCGUAUGUUCACUAAUAUCUCACGGUAUUCUGCUUUGGCUCCUAUGGCUGAGGCGUACAGCAAGGAUGCCGCAGGGUUGGUCCAAGUCAUCAAGGCGAUGGCGGACGGCGCUGACAAGGCAAAUCUCAAGGAAGCGUAUACGGACAGUUUACGCACAGUGUGGAUAGUCUGCUGUGGGGUGUCCGCUGUAGCAAUGGUGAUCAGCCUCUUGACUGAACAUUAUGAUCUUGAUCGUGCAUUGGAGACGAACCAAGGUCUUCGUGAUGAUGAUGAGUCUAUUUACAGUUUGAAGGACUUGGAGAUGCGGGCAGACCGGAGAGUUGUCACGGAGCCUCGGCCUUGGGCAUGGUAG